AGGUUAUGCCGGGGAGGGUUGCGGCGCAUGCGCACAGGAGGUGAGCAGCAGACAAGGAGAGGCCUAAGCGGGGAUCCUGGGUCUCCGUUGGCCCAGACCGGCUGGACCCCGACCCUGGGCGGCGCAGGGGGCCGUGAGAACUUGGCGCCUUCGCCCGCGCGGGACUCGCUCCCCAGACUGGCCCAGGUUAGGGAGGCCAACGCUGUUCCUCUGCGACGGCCGACCUCCUCAAGCGGGUGCUCAUAUCCUUGUUUUCCAUGACAGAUUUUGACGACAAUAUAUACAAAAUAUACGUAAAGAUGAUUACUAAUAUAGUAAUAUUAAGCUUGAUCAUUUGCAUUUCCUUAGUUUUCUGGAUUAUGUCAAUGACUGCUAGCACUUAUUACGGUAACAUACAGCCUAUUUCUCCUUGGCGUUGGCUGUUUUCUGUUGUUGUUCCUGUUUUGAUCUCCUAUAAUGGCUUUAAAAAGAAAAGUCUAGAUCACAGUGGAGCGUUAGGAGGGAUAGUGGUUGGAUUCAUCCUAACCAUUGCAAAUUUCAGCUUUUUUACCUCUUUGCUGAUGUUCUUUCUUUCUUCUUCAAAACUCACUAAAUGGAAGGGACAAGCAAAGAAGCAUAUCGAUUCAGAAUAUAGAGAAGGAGGACAAAGAAAUUGGAUUCAGGUGUUCUGCAAUGGAGCUAUACCCACAGAAAUAGCCCUACUCUACAUGAUAGAAAAUGGCCCUGGGGAAAUGCCCAUCGACUUUACCAAGCAGCACACUGCUUCCUGGAUGUGUCUGUCUCUCUUGGCUGCCCUGGCCUGCUCUGCUGGAGACACCUGGGCUUCAGAAGUAGGCCCAGUUCUGAGUAAAAGCCAGCCAAGACUGAUUACAACCUGGGAGAGAGUUCCAGUUGGAACCAAUGGAGGGGUUACAAUGGUGGGACUUGCUUCCAGUCUCCUUGGUGGAACCUUUGUGGGCAUUGCAUACUUCCUCACACAGUUGAUUUUUGUGAAUGAUUUAGAUAUUUCUGCUCCUCAGUGGCCAAUUAUUGUAUACGGGGGUCUAGCUGGAUUACUAGGAUCAAUUGUGGACUCAUGUUUAGGUGCGACAAUGCAAUUUUCUGGUUUGGAUGAAAACACUGGCAUGAUUGUGAACAGCCCAUUGAACACAGCAAAGCACAUAGCAGGAAAACCUAUUCUUGAUAACAAUGCAGUGAAUCUGUUUUCUUCUAUUCUUAUUGCCCUCCUCCUCCCAACAGCUGCUUGUGGUUUUUGGCCCAGAGACUGAACUUUACUUAAUUUCCACAGGUUGGAAUUGGUCCAAUUAAAUUUGCUAUUCUAAGUUUUGUCCUAAGAAUAGUAGUUGUAAUGCCAAAAUGUAAAUGUCAGCUCCUCUCAUAUUCCAUUGUAAAGGAAUUACACAUUUUUUCUUUCAUCAACUCCCUUUAACAGCUAAUAUCUUUCUACUAAGAGACAAAUGUGUAAAACUUAUGCACAUUUUUCUCCUACUGAAUGCAGCUUCAUAAGCAAUGGAGCUAUAUUUUUCCUUUAUUUUGCUGUACAUUGAACUGAAAGAUCUAUAUAGUCUAUGUAAGAUUUGGUUUUCUUUUGUAAAUCAAUGUAAGGACUAAACAUGAUGAUAUGUUUAAGGUGAUUGUCAAUUGUAGCAGAAAAAAGACCACUAUGUCACUUACUGCAGUGUUGUAUCUGUUGCGAGUAGUUUAAGACAAGCUGGUAUGUGUGGAAGCUUAAGUAAAUGUAGUACCCUGGAUUGAUGUGACCCUGACACUCAUAUUUUUGAAAAGUGCAAAGGUUGGUCCCUAGUGAAUUGUAUGGCCUGCACUGCAUUUUUCUUCCUUCUUCCAGAUUAGUGGUGAAAAAAGGUAAAUGUCUUUUUUAUAUGAGCAUUACAAAGUGUGAAAAAAUUAUGUGUAGCUAAAAAACCAAAUUUUAUCUGAACGGUGUAUACCUUAAUAUACUAUUUUGAAUUCAUCUUCAGUGCAUUUUGUAGCUUUCUUUGAAAUAUACAUAGGAAUCUGGUUUAGCCUUGGUAAUCUGAACAGUUACCAAAGAGUCACUGGAAGUUUAUUUUCAUUAGUUGUUUUGUUUGUUUCUUUGUUUAUUUUGCUUUCUGUACCAGGGGUUGAAC